AUGGAUAGAAAGUCUGCUAGAAUAAAAGCAGAGUUACAAAGAUAUGGUUGGAGAGUUUCGAAGAAUUUUAAAUAUAGGAAGGGAAGACCCAUAAAAGUCUAUGACAAAUUGUCUGGUCUUCGCUACGAAAUGGAUUUGGAAACAGCACGUGCCAAUUAUCCAAACAGACUAGAGAGGUUAGAAGAAGAACGUCUUAUGGACAUGCCUUUCGAUGUUAGUGAACCUCAAGUUGAAGGACACGACGGCUUUGCCAGAUUCUACUGGAAACAUGACGAACAAUUGCAUCCUUUGAGAAGGAAAAAAGGAAAAGGUGAAGACGCACAUGCUCCCAUGGAAAGAACAAGAUAUGCAUAUGAAAAGUAUCGUGAAGUUAGAAGUCAAAUUACAUCUGGUCGAACCUUUACAGUAAACUUUGACGAAGGAAAGAACAAAGAAGGCUUCAUGGGAGUACUUGCUGCAAUUCAAGACGGAAAUAAGAAAGGACACAAUCUCAGAUUGACCAUAACAGAUUUGGAUGGUCACAUUUACUAUGCACAUGGCAAUGAACAAACAGCCGCAAAACUUCUUGACGCUUUCAAGACUACAAAGAGAGAACAAAUGGUUGACUCCGACUCAGACAUUUUGAAUGCAAUUGAAGGAAUUGCAAGUGUCAAGUUCGAAUGGUACCAACCUAACCCUCAAGCAGUCAGACAACAUGCUGGAUACUUCCCGUUCAUAAAUAAGUCUGACAUUGACUUGACAAGGUAUGGAAUUUACAAUUCAAUUGAAACAAUUGUCAAUGAACCUUGCAUUCUUACAUGUCUCAGGAACUCUGGUCUUGUUACAGAUGAGAAGAUGAAGUAUCUUGAGUCAU